AUGUCAUAUCCCGAUGUUUUAUAUAGAGGAGAAGCGUUUUUAGCACAAUAUCCAAGAGACUCCAAACUAUGGGAAUGGGCUAGCAAAGCAACCUCUUUAGCAGUGAUUGCAAGUUCUAAACUUUUCAUCAAUUUAUUUUAUAAUCCCAAGUUGUAUCACAUUGAAAGAUUAGAAAAUGCAAUGGAUAAUGCCAUUAAGGAAAAUAGAGGGCUGAUGACAGUUAUGAAUCAUAUGAGCGUUGUUGACGAUCCAUUUGUUUGGGGAGUGUUGCCUUUUAGGUUAUUUAAUAAAAUGGAGUCUUUUAGAUGGUGUUUGGGUGCAUCCAAUAUAUGUUUCCAAAAUAAAAUUUUUGCCACUUUUUUCUCAAUGGGCCAAGUUUUAGGUACCGGAAGAUUCGGGAAAGGUCCAUUUCAAGGUUCGAUUGAUGCGGCAAUUAGACUUUUAUCACCGGAUGAUACUAUGGAUUUAGAAUAUAUACCUAAAAGUUACGAAAACUCAUCGUCCAACGUGAAAACAACUAAUAAUAUUAACACUCUGUUUCGUAAACAUAUUAAUCCCGUUUUGCGUGACAAGCCAAGUUGGGUUCACGUUUAUCCAGAAGGAUUUGUUUUACAAUUACAACCACCUUUCAACAACUCGAUGCGUUAUUUUAAAUGGGGGAUUACAAGACUAAUUUUGGAAAGUACUAAACCACCAAUCAUCGUUCCAAUGUUUUCCACAGGCUUUGAGAAAAUUGCACCAGAAUCUGCAGCCAACACUAUUAUCGAGAGGUAUUUGCCACGAAAUUUUGGUGCAGAAAUUAAAGUUACCAUUGGUCAACCAAUCAAUGAUGAAAUCAUUGAUGCAUAUAGAAACGAAUGGAAAUCCUUGUGUGACAAAUACUCUGAUCCAAAAGCCCCAACAGAUUUAUCUGAUGAGUUGAAAUACGGAAAAGAAGCUCAAGAUCUAAGAGGUAGACUUGCUGCUGAAUUGAGAAGAUCAUUAGCUAACAUCAGGCACAAUGAGUGCGGAUUUCCUGAAGAAGAUCCAAGAUUUAAAAGUCCCGAAUGGUGGAAGAAAUACACUGCAACUGAAGGUGCAUCGGAUCCAGAAGUUCAAUUUAUCGGUGAAAAUUGGGCUAUUAGAAGGCUGCAAAAAUUUUUGAAUGAAGAUGAAAAAAAGUAA